GACAGAGGGGGAAGGAAAGUUAAAAACACACUUACACACUCCGAGGCACCUGGACACACCUGCAAACUUCCACUUCCGGAAAUUUCAACAAGAGCUGGAGCUCGUUCCGCUGGGAAAUCUGACCAAACCUCCUGGAUAUCUAUGCUACAGAAUUUGGAAAAGAGAAACGCAAAUGUGAUCCCUGUUCUGCGAGAUGGCCUUUGAUGAACACUUGGAUCAUAUUUAAUGCACCACAGCAUAAGUUUUAAUAUUGCAGUUCAAGAUGUCUGAGGAACUUACUACGGAUUCUGUUAUAGUACUCAAAGCUCAUCCAGUUCUGCCUCCAGAACCUUCUGUUCCUGACUGCGAAAUCGAAACGAAGAUAAACACAGACAUGAAAAGAUCAGAAGAAAAGAUCAGUGGUGCUGAAACAGAGCCAAGCACAUUGCCCUGGCCUGGAGACAAGUCUGAUCAACUUGGCAAGAUAGAAAAAAAAGCAUCUGAUUUGAAACUAGAGCAGAGCAAAAUGGAUCUUGUAGGAGAGAAGUUGAGUAAGAGGUCAGAUAGCGGGUCUAUUCGUGGGGGAGUAAGCAGGACGGAGAGCGAGAGAGAGUUUGGUGGGCAAGAAAAGCAGGCAGCCUGCAAAGACUGUGUGGAAGGAAAGCAGCCUGAGCUAAUGGAGAAGGUUCCACACUUAGAGAUUAAGGUGGAUGAGGUGAACAGUAUGCCAGAGAAAGCAGCCGGGGUCUUCAGUCCGAAUGUCAUGCGUUCUGUCAGCAUGCCUGAUCCACCCAGGUGCAGGUCAGAAAUUUGGGACGAGGAGGAGGAGAAACAUCCCUUCAUUGGGCAAGAAGACACAUUUCAAAAUGGAUACUACGAUGACUAUUCCAGACACAACAAGCUGCAAAUCUGUUCAUGUGCUGGACCAUACCGUGAUGUGCUGAAAAUAGGUGUAUCUAUAUUCAUGUCAGCUCUGAUCUUCCCUGUCCUGGUUUGGGGUGGUCACACUUUCUUACCCUUUGAUGCCCCUCUACUGGAUAGCGCCCCAUUAAGGCUGGUUUACACACUGCGUUGUUCAGUCUUUGCGGUCAUACCGAUUGUCCUGGGUGUGUUGGUGCUGGGUGUGUCCCGUGUGCGCUACCGUUCUCUGAAACCCCAUUGUGACGGAGAGGUUGAAGAGGUGAAUAUUCACCGCCGAUACGUUGACGACUCCGUCUCACUCUUUCUCCUGCACUUCCUUCAACUUGGUGUUUUGGCUGUUUAUCUGAACCAGAACCUUCUCAAACUGGUGCCUCUUCUCACCAUCAUCUUUGCCAUUGGCAGGGUGGUGUACUGGAUUGCAGCAGCGUGGGGCAGCAGCCUGAGGGGUUUUGGGUUCGGGUUCUCCUUUUUGCCUAUGAUGACCAUGUUGGUGGCCAACCUGUACUUCAUCUUCAUGGCUGAUUCUGCUGGUUCAAUCUUUACUCAGGAUGACCAGGAAACACCCGACCCUCCUCAGGAGUACAGGCAGAGGUUCUGGGGAUAGUGAGAGAGAAUUUCUUCAUCUGUGCUUUCAUUUGUGUUUAUUAUCUUUUCAUUUUUGGUAGUUUUAUAUAACAUGGAUUAAAAGACUACAUGGAAGUGUUAGUACUGGCUUGGCUGGAAUUACACUGGGUAAAAAGGUGUGUGUGUGUGUGUGUGUGUGUGUGUGUGUGUGUGUGUGUGUGUGUGUGUGGUUGGGGGGGGGGGGGUGUACUCGAGUCAUGUGAACAAUAGUGCUACUAAGCAAAAUUCCAGAUAAACACUUUCAUGACAGCAGGUUACUUCAAUUAAAUUGCUUAUGAAUGCAACACGAGCAGAUGUGGAAAGAUUUUUUUCAUAGUCCUAAUUGUUUCUUUCUAAUGCCUACAGAACACACUGAUGGAUUUCUUGCUGAAUGGAGUUUUAAAAUAUGGAUUUUGUGUGUGCAAUAUACCUGAAAGAUGGUCUUUCAUUCUUAAUUGAAAAUGAGAGUACAAAGGAGCGAAACAAUCAUCCUCCAUUUUGUAGUACUUUCAAUUUGGAUUUUCUCCUGCACAUUACAUUGGGUAUGAAUUAUUUACAUUUGUUCAAAAAAGGGAAGCAAUUUCACAUUUGGCAGAUAAGGACGUCAGUGUUAAGAACAUUGAAUUGUCUUUUUUUCUUUCAUGCUUUUGUAAAAACUCUUGUAAAUAAAAUACAACUAAUUUUC